CUCGGCGCGUGGGAGGGAGACGGACGUACAGUGACUAACACCACAAUACAAAACAAGUUCAGUGUUGACUGUUGCCGCUCGAGUUCUGUAUACUGUAAUAAUCGAGUCGUAGCUAAACACAACGUGGAGCGGACGCGCGUAGCUCCACUUUCAUACAAGUUUAUCAUCACAACGAUAAAAAUACUCAUUUGUUCUGACCCGUCAUACACAAGUGUAAUAACUCUAUCCAGUGCUAAAUAUUUAGUGAAAAUUCUUUAGUGUUUAGUGCGUAAUACCGGUAAUAUGGAGCUAGAUAAACAAACACCCCUGAAACUUAAAGUGCUGCAUGUUUUAAGAAGAUUUAUAGCUAGGAUAGCACGAAUUUUCUUCAGCUUGUAUUAUUAUAAUGAUAGCAAGAAAAUUCCACCGAUAAAGAGUGACAUUCUGAAAGAGCCAGCUGUAGAAGUGGCCAGAAAAAUAAGAAAUAAAGAGAUUACAAGUGUGGAAGUACUGGAAGAAUGCGUCAAAAGAAUAAAUGAUAUUAACUCACCUAUGAAUUGUUUCAUAGAAAAUCGAUUUGAGUUAGCUUACAGAGAGGCUAGGGAGGCCGAUGCACUCAUACAAAGCGGAACUAAAUCCGCAGACGAAUUGCUUCGCGAGAAGCCCUUCCUUGGCGUCCCCUUUACUUGCAAAGACAGUAUCGGUGUAAAAGGUCUCCAUCAAACAGCUGGUAUUGUAUCGCGGCGGGACUUCAUAGCCGAAGAGGACGCCGAAGUCAUCAAACUAUUACGUAACAAAGGAGCCAUAAUAAUAGGCACCUCGAACGUACCUGAAGUGUGCAUGUGGUGGGAAACACACAAUCAUAUAUAUGGGAGAACGAAUAAUCCAUACGAUACUACAAGGAUUGUCGGUGGCUCCUCAGGGGGCGAGGGAGCCAUGCAGGGCGCUGCUGGCAGCAUUUUUGGUAUAGGUUCGGAUAUAGGAGGAUCAAUCCGCAUGCCAGCUUUCUUUAAUGGAAUAUUUGGACAUAAGCCUUCACGUAAUAUAGUUUCUAACCAUGGACAAUAUCCAACACCGAACACCGAAUAUGUAAAUUCCUUUUUAGGUGUUGGUCCAAUGACGAGACACGCAGUUGAUAUGAAACCGAUAUUAGAAAUUAUAUCUGGCGAAAACAGUAAAAAGCUGAACCUUAAUGAACCUGUUGAUGUUGGGAAACUAAAGGUCUUCUACCAAAUAAACAACAAUGCGCCACUCACAGACCCUGUUGACCCAGAUAUUGAAACAGCCAUGUUAAAAGUAGUGGAAUAUUUAAACGUAAAGCACAAAAUAGUGGCUGAAGAGAAGAAAAUAUCACUGCUGAGAAAAUCAUUACCCAUCUGGUUCUCAAAUAUGAAGACUACCAAAUUUUUCGGCGCCUUCCUCAUGAAAGACUAUGGAAUGAUGUCCAUUAUAAAGGAGAUAUUCAAAAACAUUAUUGGCUGCUCGGAAAACACGUUAAUCGCCUUGUUUACGUCGCUCCUUGAUUAUGGCGGAAUAAAAUUCGAAGACGAAAAGUAUAAAGCAUAUGUUAAACUUCGGGGAGAGCUGGAAAAUAUAUUUAAGAACAUGUUGGGUGAUGAUGGAGUAUUUUUGUUCCCCACACAUCCCACCCCAGCUUUGUAUCAUAACGAACCAGUAUUAAGAUCAAUGAAUUUUGCAUACACCGCUAUAAUUAAUUGUCUCGGGUUUCCAGCUACUACUAUUCCAUUAGGAUUGAGCCGAGAAGGCUUACCUAUUGGUAUCCAAGUAAUUGCAAAUCAUAACAAUGACAGAUUAUGUCUGGCCUUUGCUGAGGAAUUAGACAAAGCCUUCGGAGGCUGGAUAGAACCUCAGAAUAGUUCAAAAUAAACUUAUUUAAAACCAGUAUUACAGUCUUAAGCUAGUUCAUUUAUAAACUUAUAUCAGAAAAGCAAGCUUUUAAAGUGUUAGUGAAGAUCAAGUAACACUGCAAAACAAUGUACAUUUAGUAUUUUUUCAUUAAUUAUGUAUGUUGUAUGUUAAUAAAUACAAUAAACUUGAUAAUAUAAACAUAUAUAAUCAAAGGUUUAUAAGAAUAAUUACAAGCCAAUCGGAAUUUAUAAAUU